AUGGGUGACCAAAUUGAAGUUACAUUCAAGACCAUUACCCAGAAGAGCUUUGUUUUUUCCUUUGCUCCAGAAACAACUGUAGCUGAUAUAAAGAAGAAGAUUGAAACAGACAAAGGAGUGGAUGAGUAUGAAGUUGAGAGACAAAAACUUAUCUAUAAUGGCAAGAUUCUAGAGGACACACAGGUUUUAAAGGACGUGAAUGUCGACCCGAAGAAAUAUAUUGUUGUAAUGGUUUCUCGAGUAAGUUCUGCAGUUUUUAAAAGAAUUUAUGAAGUUUAGGUAAACCUUCUCAGAGAAUAUUUUAUUUUUUACUAUUCUAAUAAAAAGAUAUACAUAAAAUUUUGUUUAGAAGAAGCCUGCUGAACCUAGUGUAGAAGAACCCGCUCCAAAACCUCAAGCUGAAGCCGCACCAGCUGCUGCUUCCUCAAGUGCUGAGCCAGCUACUGCUCCACCAGCCGCUCCUGUUGGAGAAGAGCCAUGUAAGUAUUAGUGAAUUUGAUUUUUAUUUGUUUCAGUUACUCCUGAACAAGAAGAGCAAGUCAACACGGUUGCAGCUAUGGGAUAUCCAAGAGAUGAAGUCAUUAAGGCUAUGAGAGCUGCAUUUUUCAACGCCGACAGAGCUGUUGAAUACUUGUGCACAGGAAUCCCAGAAGUUGGUAGGUUGUUUUAAGUGGAUUACUAGUUGUUUGUGCAUUUUGGAUGUUUUCGGGGUCUGCUGAAGUUCAUAUCGAUCGGUACUAUAAUUCAAAAAUAUGAUUUUAGAUGCUGGAUCGCGUGCUCUUGAUAACCCUCGUCCAGUCUCUGAGGAAGAUGAUGGUCCAAUUGGUGGAGACUUGUCUUUCUUGAGAGAUUCCCCUCAAUUUGCUCAAAUCUGUAGUUUGGUUCGAAACAGUCCUCAUAUGUUGUCGGAAGUAUUGGGUCAAGUGUCCCAGUCGAACCCAGAACUCUUUGAUGCUAUUCGCCAAAAUCAAGACGAGUUUCUGAGAAUGUUGAACGAAGAUCCAAUUGAAGGUCAAGAAGAAGGUGAAGAUGCCGCAGGAGCUGCUGCUCAGGCUGGUCAUAUGACCAUUGCUAUCACUGAAAGCGACCGAAAUGCCAUUCAAAGAGUAAGUUGUUUUAUUUUAGUAGUAAGUAUGAGAACAGGAAUUUAUAUACUAGGAAAAUGGGUUGCAUUUUAGUAUAUUGGAAGUUACAUUGUUACCUAAAUUUAAAUUUUGGCAAAAGAUCAUUAAUUAGCGUACUUUAGUUACAAUCGAUGGGUUUCCCGGAACAACUUGUGAUUGAAGCAUACUUUGCAUGCGACAAAAACGAGGACUUGGCCGUCAACUACAUCUUGGGCCGAAUGGAAGAAUCGUAA